CGUCUAAAAAAAAGGUCUUGCAGCUUGCCGGUUCAUACUAGACUAGACUCUCUGUUUUGAAUUUCAGUUCAAAAAGACUGCUUCGUAGUGUACGUGAACUGUGAAGCUAGCCGUCGCCUUUCACUGUUCAGAAUGAUUUCUGUCAACUUUGUAUCCUGCACCCUGCUGGCAAUUCUGUGCUGUGCAUCUGCUCAAGUGCCAGGAGAAGGAAAGUGUCCCGACCCUCCCGUACAGGCUGAUCUCCAAGUUGCAGAGUACCUUGGCCAAUGGUAUGACUAUGCGCACUAUGAAGUCUCAUUCGAGAUCGGUUCCAAGUGCAUCCGUGCUGACUACAGCAUCAAGCCAAACGGACGCAUCCGCGUUAUUAACUCUGCAGUCUCGUUCACCGGUGGCAAUACAACUGUGGUUGGAGAAGCGUAUGCUCCCAACCCUCUGGUGGGUGCUAAGCUGGCAGUGAGCUUCUUCAAUGCAACACAGACCAAGCCGAACUACUGGGUUCUCUCCACAGACUAUACAAGCUACUCCAUGGUUUAUUCCUGCACCCAGGUGACGUCUUUGCUGCACUUCCAAAUCCUCUGGUUCCUAGUACGCGACUACAAUGUAUCCGACACCCUAAAACAGUCCGUUUUGGGCAAAUUCACGUCCCUUGGUUUGAACACAGAGCACUUUAUCUAUACCAAACAAGGACCUGAAAACGAUUGCAAGCCCGCAGCCAAGGAGGGUUCGGGCCGUGCGGACGAACUCCCCUUUUUCCUUCAACGGCAUUAACAAAUCGAAGAAAAACUCUUGCUUAGACAUGUGCAUGUCUGCACAUGCUGUAUUAUAGCACAUGGUAUGCAUUGUUGUUGUGAAUGUAGCCCCCUUUUUUUUUUUACAGAUGCCUCUAUGUAAAAACCUACUGAGAAAUAGAUCUUCUUUUGUUUGAUUUGUCCAUUUUCUGCUUCUACUUUGUAUUUAAGACACAAGGCAACAGUUGUGUUUGAUCACUCAUUGUGCGAACAAACACGGGUUGGUAAUCUUGAGCCACUCAUUGUAGUUUUCUCUUUACUCAAAACCCGUCGUAAUCAUUUUUCGACUAUCGGCUGAUAGCAAAAUCAUUGUUGUAUUGCUGUAUAUGCUUGAGCCUGGCUAUGAUCAAAAUUUUAUUUAUACGAAAACACUUGGUUCAGAAUA